CGGAAGUUGAAAAUGAACGGGUAAAAAUAAUUGGCCAAAGUGAAACUCUUAUUGUGACAAAAUAUCCAUGUUUCCUAGCUCUCACAAACCUGCUUCCUUGAUGCCUCGAGUUGCAACUUGGGUCGUCAAUAUACUAACAGUAUAUAAAUACUCGCAACUGCGCUAUAGUUUUCCCAAAUUCUUGCAAUAUUUCAUUAGUACUAUUCCAAGUCUCUAAUCAAAUUUAUCAUCCUGUCUUUCUUGUUUUGAAAGAGGCGGUAUCAGUUUUUGGGAGUUCUCUGCUCAGGAUCUUACUCCCACCAUUUCAAUGGAGACCUCUGGAGCUACAACUUUCGUUCUCAAAGAAUCAUCAUCAGUUCCUCAACACCCACAAACGGGAGCCCAACUCCCGCCGUCAUCAAAACCGUUUAAUCCCUGGAAAAUAACAUUAGCUGGAGUAUUAUUAAUUAUGGGUAACAGGCUAAUUUUGCACUAUACAGUCGUGACUCCAUUAGUCCUCCAUUUAAUUUGUGCAUCAUGGUUCUACCUCAACAUUGGGAGCGAUUCAUGCCCAGAAAGGAAAGAAAAAAAAACAAAGAAAAAUCAAACUCGCAACGAGCAUGACUAUGAGUGGAAAAAAUAUGAAAAAAGGUUCACCUGCGAUGGAUGCAAGGAGGACGGUUAUGGACCAAGAUACAGACAUAAAAAUUCUGACUAUGAGUUACAUAAGGAAUGCCAUACCAAGUCUUCAGAACUCAAAAUUUUCCAUGAAUUUCUCAAAGAACGCAGUACUCUCAAAUUCUACAAAAAACAGAAGCAACCAAGAUGUUGCAUUGCCUGUGGGAGGGACAUAUGUGGCUAUGUCUACUGCGAGAAAGUGAAGGGAUGGAGCUUUCACCCUUGUUGUAGCAAACUCAAACCUGAAUUCACUAAUAACAAAGUGAUAUUCAGACUUCGUGAUAAGGCGUCAUCAAAGUGCAUGUGGUGUAACAAGAAAGGUCAGAAAACCCACGUUUCAGGCUGGUCUUACAUUUCUACUUGUAAGAAGUAUCGCUUUCAUGUAUACUGUAUUCCUGAAAUGAAGCACGAGGCAUGGAAGAAAGGGUAUUCCAUGACAUUAGAGGAGAUGGAUCUAUCACUCCUAGAUGGCCGACGUCGUUCCAAAAAGUAUGGUGGCCGAAAUUUUUUCAAGGAAACAGCAAAGAUAGCUGGCAUACUUUUGGGGGCGGCAGUCGAUCCAUCGGGGAUUAUUGCAGGUGUGGCUCCAAUUGCGGUGGAACUCUUCUCCAACAUAUUUAAUUAGUUAGUAAUCUUAAAAGUUUGGUGUUCUACAUCUUGGAUUGGUCUCUUAAAAUAAUGAUUUGUGUGUUGGUAAUGUAAUCUAUUAAUCCUUUAACCAAAAAAAUGUUAUCUAUUAAUUUGUAUGUAUUAUUGUACUUUCUGCUUUAUUCCAUCUG